AUGGCACCAUACAAGGCUUCGGACCCCAGGCGCGGGGCGGGACCAGUGGCUCGCCCUUCAAACGCUCAAAUGACCGAUCCACAGUCACCCCCUCGACCCCCAAACUUCGGCAAGGAUCAGAGAGCUAGGACCCCACAAGGCACGGGCGUUGCGAGUGGCGCUGGGACACCCAUUAGCAGAGCUGGAAGAGUUGGCAGAUUUCCAAAUGAUCGUACGCAACGCGUUAUCCGUCACCAGAAGACCCCAUACGUCUACAGAAUCGGCAUACGCCUCCCCAAGGAGAAACUGCGACAGUUCCCGCGGUACAACGGCACGGUUCGCAGGUUUCUGUAUGGUAGUGCUGGAUCUUUUGUGACGCUCAAAGUCCCUCGGUUGCAUACCAUCCUCAUCAGCCGACGAGGGCAAUUUCCGUCGACCCGUGGUAUAGGACAAAUAGAUACGGCGGUAACAGCAGUUCCUGAAGCCCCUUUUAGUCCAUCCUCAGCGACAGCCCUGUCCGGCGCGCCAUCUAUUUUCUCCGAGGUCGAGCAAUACUCCGAUGUCAGGACUCCCGCCACCAACGAACCUUCACCUCAGGAAAAUUGGUCAAACGACGGUCUUCGUGACGAGUGGAAGGGUGCUGAGCAGCAACUUUUGUCCGCUACGGGCGGAUCUAACAUUGCAGACGGACAGAACACACCGUUUCCUUACCACAAUACACAGCUGAUUGCCUCUGGAUCCUUUGACAAGUCUUUCGGCUUGAGCAACCCCUCUGGUUCUGACUUUGAGGAUCGACCUGUUGCCGAGCGGGUUUUGAGUAACACCAACGACGACGCAAUGGCGCCGGUCAAGGACACCACCAACGUGCACAAUACCAUCAAAGAUAUCAUCCAGCAUCUUACCGACAUCCAGAUCCAAACCCACGGCUACAUCCCCGCGACCCAAGAUCUGCUGGUUGACAAGCUAACCGAUCUCACCAACUCCCUCUCCCAGCUGAAACACCUGACUUCGCCCACCGAAUCCCCCAACAACUACAUCCACCAAGUGGCGAUCGCUCCCGAGAUAGUGGACUACGUGGACGACGGCCGCAACCCGGAUAUAUUCACUCGAGAUUUCGUGGAGAAUGUGCAGAGAGGGAAUGCCGUGGUCAACGGUAAGCAGCAAGCAUUUAGGGAGUUCACAGAGGUCCUCGCACAGAAGCUGAAAGAGGGGAUUCCCGGCGUGAGCAAGGAAGUGGAUAGGGUAUUGAGGAAUGCCGGGUUCGAUGAACAGCACGAUUCAACCGCGAACGGGGACGAGCAGAUGGCUUCACAGCAUGAGGAAGCGAACAAGAACGGCCCUGCAAAUGGUUGA